AUGCCCGACAUCGAAGCUUCUCCUUAUGAUGGAGGCGACGACAAGAACGCAAACGUCGUCGUCGUUGACGAGAUCGACCGGGCGAAGGAUGUCCAGAUCGAUGUCCACACUCACCUCCGCGAUGGCGUCCAGCGCCGCAUGGAGCAGCGUCAUAUCCAGAUGAUUGCGCUCGCUGGUACGCUCGGCACAGGCCUGUUCCUCAGCAGCGGCAAGGUCAUUGCACACGGUGGCCCAGUCGGCGCAGUGCUGGCUUACAUCCUCACCGGCUCCAUCGCUUACUGCAUGUUGAUCUGUGUUGGCGAGAUGGCGGUGUACGCGCCAGUGUCCGGUGGAUACAUUCACUUUAUCGAGAGAUGGUGGAACCCCAGCGUCGGCUUUGCAGUGGGAAUCCAGGUCUGUUUCCAGUACUGUCUCUUCCUGCCGUCAGAGAUCAUCGCGGCCAACAUUCUCAUUUCGUACUGGGACAAGGCGUUCCCGGCGUCCCAUCAAGCUGGAUACAUGCUGGCUCUCAUGAUCGGUGCAGCCGCCAUCAACUACUUUGGUGUGCGCUGGUUCGGAGAGAGCGAGUUUGUUUUCGCUGUGAUCAAGAUUGCUCUCGUUAUUGGUCUUAUCAUUGCUGGUAUCGUGAUCGACCUCGGAGGCGCGCCCAACCAUGACCGCAUCGGAUUCCGAUACUGGAAGGACCCAGGACCGUUCGCUCCCUACCACGGUUCCGGUGACUUGGGCAAGUUCCUGGGCUGGUUUACCGAUUUGCUGCAGGCCGCCGGCUCCUACGCUGGCAUCGAGAGUAUUGUCGUGGCCGCUGCCGAAGUCAAAAACCCACGUGUGGCGCUCACCAAGGCCAUCCAACGUCUCUUCUGGCGUAUCCUCAUCUUCUACGUCCUGCUCAUCUUCGUCGUUGGACUGAUUGUGCGCUACGACGAUCCCUCGCUCCUCCAGUCGACGGGUACUGCUGCGUCCUCCCCCUUCGUUAUUGCCAUGGAGCGCGCGGGCAUCAAGGUCCUGCCCAGUAUCGUCAAUGCGGCCAUCUUGACAUCUGCAUUCUCGGCCGGAAGCUCGCUCAUGUAUAGCGCCAGUCGAAUGGUGUACGGUAUGGCACUUAGGGGCUUUGCUCCCCGUGUCCUUGCCAAGACCACCAAGCGCGGUUUGCCCAUUGUGGCACUCGCCUUUGUCACCAUGUUCUACGCGCUGGCGUUCAUGUCCCUCAACGACGGCGCGUCCACGGUGCUCAACUGGCUGUCCAACCUCAACGCACUCAUUGGUUACAUUGUGUGGGGGUCUAUCGCCAUCACCUUCCUCCGCUUCAAGAAGGGCCUGGAGGCGCAGGGUAUCGACCGCAAGACCUUCCACUACCACAACCGCUGGCAGCCAUUGCCCGCAUACUGGGUCAUUGGAUGGUCGAGUCUCAUCCUCUUGUUCAAUGGCUGGGAAGUGUUCACCCGCGGCAGCUGGAACGCAACCAACUUUGUCAUUGCCUACAUCACCAUCCCCGUCUUCCUGGUCCUGGUCGGCGGUUACUACAUUGUCAAGAAGCCCCGCCACCUCAAGCCCGAGGAGCUCGACAUGUUCAGCAACAUCCCUACCGAUGAAGAGGUGACCCACGAGGAGACGCCGCCAAAGACGUGGUUUGGAAAGGCAGUCAACUGGUUGUUCACUUGA